AUGCAUUUCACCACAUCUGCGGCUGUGGCCUCCCUUAUGGCCUUUGCCUCCCUGGCCAAAGCCCACAUGAUGAUGGCCAUGCCGAAGCCAUUUCCCGGUACCAUCAGCAGUCCCGUUCAAGACCUUGGAGCCAACUACAUCUGCCAGGGCAAGCUCUCAGGAGGCACGCCGCAAGAGCUCAAGAUCGGAUCCAAGAACAACAAGAUCACCUUUGCGGGAACGGCCGUACACGGCGGUGGCUCCUGCCAGGUCGCCAUCACGUACAAGGAGAAGCCGACGGCGACCGACUUUCGCGUGAUUACUUCGUUCCACGGAGGCUGCCCCAUGGAGAACGGCAACGAAAACCUCAUGCCGGCUGACGCCGCCAAGCCCCUGGACUCCGGCCUGACUUACGACAUCCCCGAGGGCAUCCCGGGAGGUAACGCCAUCCUCGCCUGGACCUGGAUCAACAAGAUUGGAAACAGAGAGUUUUACAUGCAGUGCGCCCCCAUCAAGCUCACCGGCACCCCCGGAUCCAAGGCCGCUCUGGAGAAGCUCCCCAGCAUUGCUACUCCCAACAUUCCCGGAAGUGGCUGCGAUACGAAUGCCCAGGGUGACUUUUCUUACGAGUUCCCGGGUCCCGUGGUCAGGAUUGGCCACAACCGUCCGAUGAAGGUUCUCACAGGCUGCAAGGUUGACAAGGGCACCGGCGGUGGUGGUGGUGGCGGUGGUGGUGCUGGAUCUACACCCACCCCUGAGCCUCCCAAGGAAGACAAACCUCCUAAGGAGGAUAAGCCUCCCAAGGAGGACAAGCCGGCCAACCCUCCCGCUGCCAGCCCUCCUGCUUCCGGUGGCGGUGGCGGCGGCGACGGCGGCUCCUGCACCGACGGAACCUUCAACUGCAUCGAGGGCGGCACCAAGUACCAGCAGUGCGCCCACGGCAAGUGGCAGGCAACCAUGCCCAUGGCGGCCGGGGUGUCCUGCAAGGUCGGCGUUUCGACGACACUGUUCAAGCGAUCCGUGGACAGGCUGCACGUGCGCGACUUUGGUCACAUGGAGAUGGUGUAA